GGCAGACAUGGGACUGAAAUUUGUUACUGUUAGAACAAAUUGUCAGUGGGCACUAUCACGGAUGGACUCUGGCUUCGAUUAUUGAAUUGAAUGAGUGCGAUUGACCAUUACAGACAUUGGUGACGGACAAGAUGGAAGUUUCAUCUGAAGCUUCCUGGGAGAGCAGCACCUCCAGAAAGCGCAGAGCCUGGGCUAAGAGCAGGGAUCAAUGGCACACUGUGGAUGAGAAUGUCAUGGGCACAACCUCUAGUUCAGGAGAUUCUGUUGACAAAAUAAAAAGUUGGCUGGAAGAUUGUGGAUCCCGUCAAGGAAGCCUCCAGGAGGAGAGCAACCCCCAUGGACUAAAAGGGCUGAAUGCUAAGAACAGUUUUGAGGAUGAUUUGAGUCUGGGAGCCGAGGCCAUCUUGUUCCAGAGUCCAACUGAGCCAAACUCCUCACACAAACCUCAAGUCAUCAAGAGUCAGCAGAUUUUGCAGAUGAGCAAGAGCAAGGCCUCAACUGUCUCUGAAGGAACCGGUGGAACAGUUUCCAGUGUCUCUGAAAUACUGGACAUGUACAGAGAAGACCCUGAAGAGAUUCUGUACAACCUUGGUUUUGGAAUGGAAGAGCCCAACAUUACAGCAAAAAUUCCAUCCCGCUUUUUCAGCUGCGCAUCUCAUGCAAAUGGAAUAAAUUUUAGGGUGUUCUUAGAAGCUCAAGUAAAGAGGCUGGGAGAAGAAAAUCCCAGUUACACACUGGCAAGUCGGUUUCGACAAAUCGAAGUGCUUACAACAAUGGCCAAUGCCCUGACCUCUUUGUACUCUCGUGUUUCAAAGACACCAGUACAGAAAAUUGGACCUGUUCACCAGUUUUCUUUCAGUCCUGAUAAAUCCAUUGGAGGAGCUUCUAAUAAACUGCAAGAAGGGAAGGGCAAUGCUGGAAAAGCAGUUCAAAAACUGAGGAAAACGAUUACCAAGUUAUGUUUAUAUGGAGCAUCCCGGGACUUGGAAUCUCCGAAACAGAAUACAGGAUCUUUAAGCAAGAAGAGCCCAGGAUUGGAGUUGACUGGUGAUCUCAAUGUGAAGACAGACUCUGUGAGAACUGAUGUGCAAGGGAUGGAAAUGACAUACAAAAAAGCUUCAAAUUCAGAAGAAAGAGAUUUGUCUCAUCCUGAAGAAGAAGGAAGUAGGAAGCCGAAUAGUGCAGUCAUCAAGGAGAUGUGGAGGACAGAUACUGCAAGAUCCAGAUUGUAUGGAUUCAGUACAGAUUCUGACCAAUCUUGGGAAAUGGAAUUCCCUAUGAAGCAGAAAGAGUGUUCUAAUCCUGUGCCAUUGCAUUCUCCAGACACUGUUUGGAAUUUUUAUGGGUUUGGGAAGCAACCUACUGAUACACAGGAAUUCAAACAUAUCGCAUUAAUUCAGUGGAACAGCCAGAGCAGCUCAGAAGAAAGUGAUGCUUUGAAACAUGAUGUGAAUCCAGAGGAUAUUAGGAAUCAAUGAUUCAGCUGGGUCUUUAUACCAGAAAAAUGCAAACCACAAUACAUAGAACGACAUGAAUUUGUUAUUAACAAGACCAGAGCCACAAAGAAACAAACCUGAGGAGGUACCAGGUAUAUUUCCACCAACAUCAACACCAACACCAAUACCAGCACAGAUAGUCUGACUCAACUCAAUACAUCAUCAUAUCAAAUUAAUCUGAACUCUGUUGGACUAAGAACUAUCCUCUUGCAGCACAAUUUUUUUAUGUGAGAGGAGAUUUGGUGAUUAAAGAAACAGCCAGUUUUAAACAAUAAAUUAAAGAUUCACAAUACUAUUGCUUUCUGAGGGGACAGAAAGGUAGUGAAAGAACUGGUCCUCAUGUUGGAAAUGGGUGCAAUAACACUCACAGAAUCAGAGAAUACUUUAGCACAGAGGCAUUCAGUCCACCAUCUUUUCACAAGCUCUUUUUAACUGCAAUGCCAUUUAUUCCAACUUUGCUGUUCUUUUCACAUAUUCCUGAAAUUUUUAAAGGCCAAACAUUUGCCUAAAUCCUAUUCUUGAAUCUUCAUCUACCACUUUAUCAGGAAGUGUAUUCAUAUUCCUAUCCGUAGAGAUAUUUGUCCUAAUGUUAACUCUGGUUUUUCAACCAUUCCCAUUCUUAACCAUUCAGUCAUUGGAAACUACUUCUUUUAUUUGCUCUAUUUUCUACAUUAGAUACCUAUCUUCUUUCAAUCUUGCCUCUGAGGAGGACACCAGCUUCUCUCACCUAUCCAUGAAGCUACCACCUAUCAAUUCUAAAACUAUGUCAGUAAAUAUUUUCAGUUUCCUCACUGAAGACUUCAUGACAUUCCUAAAGUCUGGCACACAGGAUUGGAUAGCAUAAGCCAAAUUCAUACACACACACACACACCCACACACACUCUCUGUCCCUGUCUCUCUUUCUCUCCUUGCAUCAUCCCUAUUCAGAAUGGACUGUCUCUCUCCAACUUUUCUACCCAGAUAAAUCACCUCAGAAGUUGCAGCCUAAUAUGUGCCCACUCAGUAUUUGAGCCUCCCUGUUCUCUUGAACUCAUACUUUCUGUUUACUGCACACCUAAAAAUUGUGGUAUUAGCAGUAUUUGAAAUUAUGUUUUAUAUUCCCAAAUGUAACCUAUCAAGAAAUUCAAGUCAGUAGCCACCGGAAACUUGGAGAACUUAUAAACCACCUGCAGACUGAAAAAGAGGCAUUUACAACUGUGUAGAAACUAAGAGAUGUGAAACAGUGUCCAGUGUGAAUUUUGCUGACAACCCUGACCAAAAGAUAUGGGAACUGAGCAGAAAACUGGACUUGAGAUCAAAAAUCAGCUAUAAUUGAAUUGAAUAGUGAAGUAGACUAAAUGGCCAAUGUUGUGUUUUCCGGUUCCUAAUUCUUAUGUUCUUAGCUGUCGGAGGUUAAUCUCUAUGUAAUCUGUCUCUCCCUGAUCUGGUACCAUUUGGUGCAGAGUAGAAGUUUACUUUUAAUUAAUUCUGUGCUCUGUCAGGUCUGAGAAUAGUAGAUUGAAGUGUUAGUUUGCUUUUCAUCAAGUCGUGUUAUAUCUAUCCUGAGGGUGUUGAAUGGGACAGUGUAAAAAGAACACUUUGUUCAAAAAACUGUCCCUGUUCACUUGAUGCAAUAGUCGAGAGGGAAUUUAGCAUCCAACUAACCUAUGCUAUACCUUCAUUGGAUGAAUUUAAUUGGGCAGUGUAACGCAUGUUUUGCCCGACAUUUGUCUUGGGUCCAUUUACAGUGUAGAAAAACUCUGUAUCUGUCUUGACCAUGCUUGAUAGAACACUCUGGUAGGAGUUUUAUGUUUAUCUAACCCAUACCACGGAAGGAUUUAAUAGAACAGUCUAGAAUUACUUUUACUCAUUUUAACCUGUGCAGCAGGUGCAAGGGAAAUACUGAUGGGGUAGGUGUAGAGGCAACUUUACUCUAACUCAAGCUUCACCUUCCUUGGAAACCUCUUUCAAAGCAGUGUUGAUUUACAAGGAUAUUUUAAUAUAUAAUCCUUUUGUCCUAAGAACAUUUAAAAGCGCAAGGUGAAGGAAGCUUUGCCUUACUAAUUCUGCCCCUUUCUGGAAGGGCUUGAUGGGACAGUAUAUAGGGAGCUUUCAGGUUUGAAUGACCUGCACCAGUUCUUGUGUAGGACAGUUCAGGCAGACUGAUCUUAUUUAUCUUCCAAUGAGGGGAUAAAUUAUUUAUUAAAUAAUUUGAAGGUCUGAAUAGCCACUUCUUGCCUCUGUAUAGCUAUGUCUGUAUAUGUCUAAAGUACCAUCACUAGAUCCUGAACAAGACAUCUGAGAGGCUGUAUGGCCUUGUUAUUUUCCUGUAUUAACAGGCUGAAUAGCUUCUGUGAAUUGCACAAAUUGAAGUUAAACACGUACAGGUGGAGCUCAGAGAUUAGUUCUGUGCAUGAGUGUAAACAGCAAAAUACUGACACAAAAUUAGAAUAACAUUUGACUGAAUAAAUCUAUUC